UCGGAGAUCCUUCUCUCUCUCUCACUCUCUUUCUCCUGCUCUGUCUCUUUUUCUUUUUACUUCUCUUCUCUCUCUCCCCCUCUCUCUCUCUCUCUCCGUCUCUUUCUCUCUGUCACUUCUGCGGGCUCCAGGCAUCCGUUGGUCGUCUCGUUUCAGCUGCUCCGCCGAAGCUUCUGCCAUCCAUUCAGAACCCCCCUACACACACACUUCAGACGGGCUGCAGAGAUGUCAAUGGACAGCAUUCUUAGCGCUGACGACAUCAAGAAGGCCCUUGAUGCUUUCAAAGCUGCAGACAGCUUUGACUAUAAGAAGUUCUUUGAGAUGGUGGGGCUGCGAGCCAAGUCUGAUGAGGAGAUCAAGAAGGCUUUCCUAGUCAUGGACCAGGAUAACAGCGGCUACAUAGAGGAGGAGGAACUCAGGUUUGUCCUCAAAAGCUUCUCUGCCGAUGGCCGAGACCUUACUGAUAAGGAGACUAAGGUCUUCCUUGAAGCAGCCGACAAGGAUGGAGAUGGCAAGAUUGGAGUGGACGAGUUCACUGCCCUGGUGCAUGAGUAAAAGUCUCCAGUGACCGCCCCCC